AUGUAUUCAUACAACCCACUCGAAGAACCAGAUACAAUUGCUGAAAUUGUUCAAAAGCUUCCAUUAGAAAAUCUUGAUAAGUUCUGCUGGAUAAAUAGAACUUGGUACAAAGAAAACCAGCAUGAGUUUCGGAGAAGAUGGAAGAAACAAGUGCUAGAAUAUUAUAAAUUGGAACACGAACAGGAGUUAGAAAUGGAAGAGGUAGAGAGAAAAUAUUCUAAUGAUGAAUUCAUGCAAGGAUAUUUACAUUGCGAAAUAUGGGAGUCUUAUAGCAAAAGGGAACUCGAGGAAGCUAAAAAACAGGUGGAGAUCGAAAGCUAUAUGCUUUGCAAUGGAAUGUUCUAUGGGCAAGAAAAAGAAAUAGUAAAAUAUAGAAGCGUUAGAAUGUGA